AUGCAUCCUAUUAAGCUCGGUCUAGCGUUAUUACUUGGCUGGAUAAAAUCAGCUGAGAGAUCAAUUGUUCAGCAUGAUGGCUCCUUUCAGCCAGAUCAUAUCCUUCGAGUCACAGCUCAGGAUUACACGGAAGCAUGUGAUACUAGAUAUUCAGUCCUCGUUAAUGGAUCAUCCCCUGGGCCCGAGCUGCACCUCCGAGAGGGAAAGGUGAAUUGGAUUCGUGUUUAUAAUGACAUGAAGGACGAUAACACCGCAAUAUGGCCUAUUCCCGCCGGCCACUUUUUCGACUACGAAGUCAAACCCGAAAUUGGUGCUGCAGGAACCUACUUUUACCAUUCACAUGUUGGCUUCCAAGCCGUUACUGCAAAGGGUCCACUCAUCGUGGAUUCAGAAAACGACCCACCUUAUUCCUACGAUGACGAGCGUACUAUAAUGCUCUCUGACUUUUUCAACGAGACUGAUAAGACAAUUAUCGACGGUCUCACAUCCAGUGACUUCACAUGGAGUGGAGAGACAGAUACCUUAUUGGUGAACGGCAAAGGUCCUCAGGCAACUAAUAGCACAGGCUCAUGUCAACUAGCUUCGAUCUCUAUAGAUCCGGGCUUGACAUACCGUCUAAGAUUUAUCGGGGCUACUGCUUUAUCAUUCAUUUCACUCGCUAUAGAGAGUCACGAUGUGUCUAUCAUUGAGGCAGAUGGCCACUAUACCAAACCUGUGAAUAGCAGCUUUUUACAGAUUGGAAGUGGUCAGAGGUACAGUGUGUUAUUGAACGCAAAAUCAGAGGAAGAGCUGGAAAAGACGGGAAAGCGACAUUCCUAUAUCCAACUUACCACAAUCGCGAGGCCCACAACUCUGACAAACCUUGCUGUUUUGCAAUACUCUGGUGGAACAGAGGCAGACCUGACGACUGUCCCUUCACCACCGCCCCUUCCCGUGGCCAAAAUCGCCCAAGGAUGGCUGGAUUACGAACUAGAAUCUCUACACUUGGACUAUGACUUCCCAAAAUUGAAUGAGGUGACCCGCAGGAUCAUCGUUGAAGUUCACCAAAACGUCAGUGAUCAUGUCAUAUGGCUGCAGAACGGAUACGAGUGGGUAAAAAGCUUUCCAAAAUCACCGUACUUGGUCGACAUCUACACGGGGAAACUAAACACUGAAGAGACCUAUCAACGAGCUAUCUCCCAAGGCAAUGGAAUUGACAAUAUCACUCGGACCUUUCCAGCUCAAAUAGGUGAAGUCCUUGAGAUUAUCUGGCAAAACAAAGGAACUUUCACAAACGGAGGCUUGGAUGUUCACCCCUUCCACGCACACGGUAGACACUUCUAUGAUAUCGGUGGAGGGGAUGGAAAAUACAACGCUACUGCGAAUGAAGCGAGACUAGAGUCGUCUCAUUUAAUUCAGCGCGAUACUUCCAUGCUUUACCGGUAUCAAAAUGAAACCGAUCCUCUCGCCCCGUCUGGUUGGCGGGCUUGGAGGAUCAAAGUAACCGAUGCAGGUGUGUGGAUAUAUCAUUGUCAUUCCCUCCAGCAUAUGAUCAUGGGUAUGCAAACUGUAUUCAUUUUCGGGGACCGAAAUGAGGUCAUAGCCCAAUCUGAGCCUGUUGAUGUUGGGUAUUUGACGUAUGGUGGCUCCGCGUAUGGAAACUCAACGCAUUCUCCUAUCGUUCGACACUUCUUUGAUUAA